AUGAGCAGUAACAGCGGCGAGACCAGAGCCAAGAAGUCAGAAGAACCGACUGUUCUGAGAAUCGGCGGGAUCGCUGUUUAUGUCUACGGACUGGAUAGAAUCGGCAAUGUUUCGAGCAUUAAGACGUUGAAUGCAGUCUACGUACUCCAUCCACGAUUGGGUGACUACACUUAUUCAGAGGCACUAGCAUUGGCGUGGUUAGACUCGUACUAUGAAUUCAGUACUGACAAUAAAGCACCUUUGAUUGCAGUCACUUUCGACAACCGAAACCAUGGAAAGCGAGUUAUAGAUCCCGUUGGCAACGAGAGUUGGGCCAUUUCAAGCGAGCCUAAUAAGAUAUACAACGAGUUACAUGCUCAGGAUAUGUGCUCUAGUAUUGAUGGGUCUGUUCUAGACACAUCUUUAGUGAUUGACUACUUGCCUUCUGUGCUUCCUUUUAAAGUUCAGUCGCCCAUUCGUAACGUAAUUGCCGGAGUAUCUCUGGGUGGACACAUGGCGUGGAGAGUGGCACAUCUGCUGGGUCCAGAUAAAGUGUACGCCAUUCUACCCAUCAUUGGUAGUCCUAACCUGUCAAUUUUAUUGCUGGAAAGACUGUACUUCCAGGUUCUUCACAAGACACCUGAUUUCGACUUUUCUCCACCAUGGCAGACCACUGUUGCUGAUAAUGUAUAUCACCAGCUGGUGAGUUCAAGCGAGUACGGAUCGCAGGUCGAAACCCUGCUUCCUCGUCCACUUUUCAACCUUGUCUCCCGCCAGGAUUACGAACUGGAGAGACACUUCCCUGUACCCAUCAAGGUAUUCAUGCUGUGUGGUCGCGAUGACCCACUGGUGCCUGCCAAGUACACGGAAAAGUGGGUCGCCUCAAGAGCUCUCCAGGACCAUCGCAGGCCUCUCGACCUCAAACUCUACAUACAACCAAACACCGGCCAUGUGUGCACCCCCGAAAUGACUCGCCAAGCCGGUCUAUGGAUCAAAUCAAUCCUCUCUUCUCCACCCUCGUCUUCUUUAUAG